UGACCCUGCCUCUCUGCCUGUGUGUUAGCUGGGAGAGAGAGGCAGAAUCAGUCCGCAUCCUCGCCGCUACUCCAAAGCCCGCCAGGAUAAUCCGCUGCCUGGAAACCUGAUUGUGACCGACCAGUAUCUGUACAGAUCGUGGCUUCUGCGAGACUGCCCAGUGAAAAUGAGAUGACAUUUCAAGCCGCGCCUCGUACUUUUUGCAAGAGGGGUUUCACCUCGGAAACUGAAGCUAAAGACGACCGCUACUGACUGGAUGGGGGGACGCUACAAUAACUGGUGCUGAAGAACAAACACGCGUCUCAUUUGAGCAAACAUGUAUUUGCACAGGAGAAAGAGGUUUCAGUGGAAUCGAAUUGUCUUUCUUUUAACAGGAGUGCUUGUUUGCUUCGCCUACCAGCUUUCGUUCAGCUGGCGAUCAGCACCUUGGACAAGGCACGAUGACGGUGACAAUGUGGACAGCUUCCUCGACGUGGAAACCAGGGAGCUCUCAAACAAAAGCACAGCUGAUGACACGACAGACCCCCCUGAAACAACAACAGAUCACAUCCCCCUGACCACAGACAGAACUACAUUAAGGAACUGUAUAGUUGUAGACCCCGAGCCAGCUAAAACCACCACGAUACCUACUACAACAACCCCAGUACCCAACACAACAGCCUUAACCAAUGCUACCAGCAACCCACUCGAGAUCCCCCAUUACACGAAAGGAGAAUACCCGCAGGACAUUUUCACGGUGGAGGAGCGUCGGAAAGGCUGGGUGGUCCUUCAUAUUUUCGGAAUGAUUUACAUGUUUGUGUCCCUAGCCAUUGUGUGCGACGAGUUCUUCGUCCCUGCUUUGGGGGUUAUCACCGAUAAGCUUGCAAUCUCUGAUGAUGUUGCUGGUGCUACUUUCAUGGCAGCAGGCGGCUCCGCUCCGGAGCUCUUCACCUCGCUCAUCGGGGUCUUCAUCUCGCACAGCAACGUUGGGAUCGGCACCAUCGUGGGCUCGGCGGUGUUCAACAUUCUCUUUGUCAUCGGCAUGUGCGCCCUCUUCUCCCGCGAGAUGCUGCAUCUGACCUGGUGGCCUCUUUUCCGAGAUGUUUCCUUUUAUAUCGUAGGCCUCAUCAUGCUCAUCGUUUUCUUUCUGGACAACGUCAUCGUGUGGUGGGAGAGUAUGCUGCUGCUCUGCGCUUAUGUGCUUUACGUGUUUUUCAUGAAGUAUAACGUGCAGGUGGAGCACUUUUUUAAAGCGCAACUCAACAAACACAAAAGCAUUGUCAGAGUUAUCGCGCUGGAGGAACCAGACAAGACCAAUGGAUCUGCUGGAGGGGAAGAACCACUGCCUCCUAAGGACAAAAACAGACUGAAGCUCAAGCCAUCGCUCCAGCGGGGUGGCAGCUCUGCCUCCCUCCACAACAGCACCAUGCGCAACACCAUCUUCCAGCUCAUGAUUCACACGCUGGACCCUCUGGCAGAAGAAACCGUCUUUAAUGGAGAUUUUCAACCUUCCGCUUCCAAGCUCGGGAAAGAGAAGUUUAAGGACAAGGCUGAGAUCUUGAAUGACAUGGCAAGAGGGAAGGUAGAGAGCAAAGGACAUGGCAAAGCAGCAGGAGAAGAUAAAGAGGACGCCCCCAACAAUGUGAAUGUGCAGGUCAUCCCUCCCACAGAGCCGUCCACAUCCCAGCCAGUCAAAGAGGAAGAGAAAAAGGACCUGCCUGAAGGGAAUGAGACUCAGGAAGCGGGGGGCUCGGGUGGCUCAGACGACUCAGAAGACAGCGAUGAAGAUAGCGAUGAUGAGGACAGUGAUGAAGAGGAGGAGGAGGAGGACAAGGAAGAGAAUGACAAGCCCCUGUCCCUGGAGUGGCCAGACACCCGGCGCAAGCAGGCCACCUACCUCUUCCUGCUGCCCAUUGUCUUCCCGCUGUGGCUGACCGUGCCUGACGUCCGCAGUGCGGCCUCGAAGAAGUUCUUUGCAAUGACGUUUCUGGGAUCCAUCAUCUGGAUUGCCGUGUUCUCCUACCUCAUGGUGUGGUGGGCCCACCAGGUUGGAGAGACGGUUGGGAUCUCAGAGGAGAUCAUGGGGCUGACGAUCCUUGCAGCGGGAACGUCCAUCCCCGACCUGAUCACCAGUGUCAUCGUGGCGCGGAAGGGUCUCGGAGACAUGGCCGUGUCCAGCUCUGUGGGCAGCAACAUCUUCGACAUCACUGUCGGUCUGCCUGGGCCCUGGCUGAUGUACUCCUUAAUCAAUGGCUUCACCCCGGUAGCGGUGAGCAGUAAUGGGUUGUUCUGCGCCAUCGUGCUGCUCUUCCUCAUGCUCCUCUUCGUGAUCUUCUCCAUCGCCGUCUGCAAGUGGAAGAUGAACAAGAUCCUGGGCUGCAUCAUGUUCGCACUCUACUUCUUCUUCCUGGUGGUAAGCGUCAUGCUGGAGGAUCGCAUCAUCAUGUGCCCCGUCUCAAUCUAGACAAGCCCCUCUCAUCUAGACACGCCUCUCUCAUCUAGACACACCUCUCCUCCGACAGGACAGUAGUGCAGAGACCAAAAGCCAAGUCUGCAAAAGGAGCCCCGCUACACGUGGGUCGUGUUUCUGGGUGGUUGGUAAAAACUCUACAGCUACAGCCAAACGUUUUGCAUCACCUAGAACAGAAUUAAAAGAAAAAAAAAACCUAUAUGAGCAUUAUUACAUAAUCUGUUAUUUAACAUCAUGUAAUAAGAGAAACUACAAAAUUAUAUUGCAAAAGUCUACCGGAAGCCAUAGCAGCAGAUUUUGUCAGUUUUUCGUUUUAGGUAUGUGGAAAACUACAAAGCCGAAUGUAAUUCAAUAUGUUAACGCAACAUUGUUCAGCAGGUUUCAUUUUGAUUUUAUGAAGCAAAAUGUAUUAAUUCUAUAGGGGGAUGCAAAACUUUUGGCCAUAGCUGUACAGUGUAAUUACACAUGGAGUUGUGCAAUUAGAAGUAAUUGUGGUUUGCGGAGCGUGGCUCACUGUAAUUCAAAAUGUAGUUCUGAAGUUGCGGUUUAAUUACAGUUAUAUUAUGCAGUUGUUAUUAGGGUUUCCUUGGCUGGGAGUUGGAGUUCAUUCUGGUUAGGAUUUUAGCAGUUUGGAAUAUAUUUUUGGUAUAUCAUUUUUAAUUUAUUUUUUACAUAGGAUCACACAGAAUCUAUUCUGAAAGUUUCCAGUUCUAUAGUUAGUCCUGUAUGAAAUUACAGAACCCUAAUAGAAAGCUUUGUCUCAUUUUGUUCUUGGGUAAAGCUCCAUUCAUUCAUGCGUUGAAUGGUGAAUGUAAAUGUUGCAUUUGUUUACAGGGUUGUAUACUGUAUAAAUAAAGUUUAGUCACUGUUCAUUUAAAUGUGUAUUAUCAAAAUGUCCGAAAUAUUUUGUUUCCAUUGCAGCAAAACUUCAAGUUAAAUAUUCUGAUUACUAUUUUUUAAGUAUUUCAACAGAAUCACGACGACUGUGGUUUCAAACAAAUAUGCAGCUAAAACGUAUCCUGCUCAAUGUCUGUCCCAGAAUAGCCCUGUAAUUUACAGACCUGCAUGUCUCAGAAUGUGCUUCAUGUCUCUGCUGACAUCAUCCUUUCAAAUGGAAACAGCCUUCCCCCGAUGCACUUUAGGAAAGAGGAAGGGAUAUUGGCAGGCAGUCCAGUUUGGACCCCCACACCGCAUCCAUUCACAAAGCUUUACUCUUAUUGCUACACAUUCACUGAUGGGAGAGCCAAUGCCAACCUGAAUGUCUUCUAAUAUUGUGGCAAAAAAAGGUUGGGCGAGGUAACAAUCUAGACAAUCCUAAUAGCAAGAUGUGUACAGCUGUGCCACCCAUUCGUUCAGCCUUCCACAGUAAUCAGUGGAACCAGGGCAGACCAGGAGAACACGCCCCACACCAGGGUGAUGCAAACCCAGUCAGGCAGACAGCUCCUUAUAAAGUGGCCAGGCAGUCUAUAUGUAUAUAUAAACAAAUCAAAACAAGACAUUCAUGUGGUACUCGUCAUUCGCACCAUUACUAUUCCUCAGUGCGGAAUGCAACAAGACAAUCAACGCUACUGUAAACUUGUGUAAACACUGUAUUCUGCGCUGUGUGUACUGCAAUAUAACUAUUUUUAUAAUCUACAGAAGUGGUUCAUAUGUAUUUUAGUAAACAAUGUUUAAAAGUACCCAUGUGAUGAAACAGGGCUGAAAUAAAAUAAUGACAACAGCAGAGAAGCAAAUGCAAGUCUGGGUUUCUGACAAAGUAAUGAUAAAAAAGAAAGGUCAUUUUGGUUUGAAGUGUUGGCACUCCUUCAACCCAAACCACAGAACUCUAUUUAAAACACCAAGCACAACUUGGUUUUAAUUGCCUGCUUGCAAGAAUGGCUGUAACUUAUCAAACUUGGUUGGGCUUUGGUUGUGAACUGAAAAUACGAUCACAGGGAGGUGCAUGCGUAGUAACUGGGGCAGCAGUGUGGAGUAGUGGUUAGGGCUCUGGACUCUUGACCGGAGGGUCGUGGGUUCAAUCCCAGGUGGGGGACACUGCUGCUGUACCCUUGAGCAAGGUACUUUACCUAGAUUGCGCCAGUAAAAACCCAACUGUAUAAUUGGGUAAUUGUAUGUAAAAAUAAUGUGAUAUCUUGUAACAAUUGUAUGUCGCCCUGGAUAAGGGCGUCUGCUAAGAAAUAAAUUAAAAAAAAAACUCAGAGCACUAGCCCUGUAAAAGUCUGCUGCAUUAUAAUCUCAAUUUAGGAAAUAAAACAGACAAACAAGGUAAUGCAGGUUUUAAUUGCUUAAUAAACCAGGGGAAGAGAACGCAAUGGUAUUUGAUGGAUUCAGCUUGACAGUUGUGCUGACUUUUUGGUUUUGUGAUUUUGAUAUUCAGUUUGUACUUUUCUUGUAACAUGAAAUGUUGUGAUCAGAAUUGCAGCUUUGCCUAAGACCCUGUGAAAAAAAACCCAGCUUAGGUCAACAUGGCACCUUUCCUGUUAAAACAAUUAAAAAUAAACAAGUGUGUGUCUGCGUGGAUCAUCUACAGAUAACACUGCUACUUCAUCAAGGACUUUAAGUGUCAUUGUCCUCAUUUGAGGACUGGCGACUGACAUUUUUAAGCAUUUUUAACUGGCAUCGAUGUGUUACACAUUACAUAAAUACAGCUUGUGUUCUGAUUUUUUCAAAGAAAUGAAUUUGUUCCUUCAUUUUCUUUAAUGAAUCAUGUGCACUGCUUGUUACUACAAUUUUAUAACAGAACUGGAAGGAAUAAAAACAACAACAAAUGAAAACAUCAUGUUCCUCAAAAAAAAAAUAUAUAU